AUGACUUCUACCUUCAGGUGUGAAGAAGAGUUCCUGCAGAGCUGCUGCAGUGGUUCUGGGUCUGCUGUGUCUCUUCCUUCUGACUCGACUCAUAACUCUGAAAGAGACCAUUUACAGACCAGUUACACAAACCUGACUAAAGAAAGAGACCAGUUACAGACCAGUAACAACAACCUGACUAAAGAAAGAGACUCUUUGCAUACCGGUGUGAAGAAGAGUUCCUGCAGAGCUGCUGCAGUGGUUCUGGGUCUGCUGUGUCUCCUCCUUCUGACUGGACUCAUAACUCUGGUCUGCCUGUUCUCCAAAGGCAACUCUGAGCGAGACCAGUUACAGACCAGUUACACCAACCUGACUAAAGAAAGAGACCAGUUACAGACCAGUUACACCAACCUGACUAAAGAAAGAGACCAGUUACAGACCAGGGUCGAGUACAUACUAAACUAUUUCCAAAAAAUAAUUCAAGAAUUGGGAUGGGUGUAUUUUUACCACAGCUUCUAUUACACUUCCUCUAAUCGGACUUCCUGGCAACAGAGCAGAGCUGACUGUCUGCAGAGAGGUGGAGACCUGAUCGUCAUCAACAGCAAAGAAGAGCAGGACUUUGCAAUACAAUUCCAACGGUGCACGUGGAUUGGACUGACUGACGGAGAGGCCGAGGGGAUAUGGAAAUGGGUGGAUGGGACUGCACUCAACACAAGCUACUGGCUCAAUGGGGAGCCCAACGACCUUGAAAGGGAAGACUGUGCAGAAAUAGCGUUAUUCGACAAAGAAACAAGCUGGAACGAUCAGUCAUGUAUUGUGGACAACUUUUGGAUCUGUGAAAAGAUGAUGGCUCCAUAA